AGAAAGCAAUAAGUGAAAGUCGUCGCUGGCAUCCUGCAAACACAUCGUGGAGGUCGUCAUAAGCAAAAAUGAAAGAUAUCUCUCUCCAUUGUCUUCUGGAUCCGAACUCGUUGUUCGCACGGCAGCGAUAGGACGUCUGAUUGAGCAGCGCGGGCAGUUUUGCAGGCCGGCCUGCCGGGGACAACCCUUGAAGCAUGCUACGCUGAUUCUCCGCUCAUGAGCCUUGGUGUAAAAGUGGCCAGUUCGUCCUUCAAGACCAUCCCAGCUCUGAUUCGUGUGACGUGGACCCAAGAAUCACCUUCAAUUAACGGCAAGCCGCUCUCGUCGUCACCCAAUCACCCGAUUAAGAGCAAAAUUUCUCCGAAGUGGUGUAACGGUUAGCAUUUACGGCUCUCACGGUCACUUCGAUCCAGUGCCUGUAAGAUCGGAGUUCAAUUCUCCGCUUCGGAAUCUCUUUUU